CAUGGCUCGCCACGGCUGCUCGCUGUUCGUCGUCCUGGUGGCGUUGGCGGCCGCCUCCGCCGCGCCUGCCCCGCAGCCCUUGCCGCUGCACCCGGCCUCCAGCGAGCUCCCCCUCGCAGAGCUGGCCGCCCAGCGGGGCUUCGCGCUGCCGCCGCGGAAGCCCCUCGCCGAGGUGGCCGUCGAAGGCACCGGGGCCAAGCUCGCCGACUACAAGGCCUUCCACGAGACGAAGCUGCCCACCACAGUGGUUCCCACCAGAUACACGGUGGUCAUGGCGCCCAACCUGACCAGUGGCGAGUUCUUCGGGUCGACGGACAUCUACCUCGACGUGCUGGAGGCCACCUCCCGCAUCGUCCUCCACGGCUCGCCGGACAUCACGUUCAGCCAAGUGCAGAUCUUCAAGUACUCGGCCGAGCAGAACCGCUUUGAAGAGAACGGCGAGGCCAAGUUUGUGCCGCUGGGCCGCUUCGACGACCGCCUCGUGGUGGACCUGGAGAGGGAGCUGGUGGCAGGCCAGCACUACCUGCUGCGCUUCCCCCUGUUCGGGUCGCGUCUCAGGUCGGACCUCAAGGGCUUCUACUUGUCCUCCUACACGGACCACGAUCGUCGCACACAUUUCCUGGCGGCGACGCAGUUUGAACCGCGCGCCGCUCGCUACGCUUUCCCGUGUUUCGACGAGCCUGCCGUGGAGGCGCCCUUCAAGGUCGUAGUGGAGCACGACCGAGCCCUCACCGCCAAGUCCAACGUGCCCCAGAUCAGCCGCAACAACAUAUCUUUGACCGCUGCUCGCACAGAGUUCGAUGAGACCGACCCGAUGGCCGCCAGUCUCCUUGCGUGGGUGGUGUCCGACUCCACCAACAUCACACCGUACUCGGUGGGGCCGAAGGCAUUGUCGAAGCUCGACCAGUUUGCCGAUCAAAGUUCAUCAACCAACAGGCCAACCAAUAGGCCCACCAGCGGACCAACAAACAAGCCCACCAACAGGCCUACUAACAAACCUACCAACAGACCAACAAAUAAGCCUACAAACAGGCCUACCAAUAGACCCACCAACAGGCCUACCAAUAGGCCUACCAACAGGCCCACCGCUUACCCACCCAGGUCCUCAACGAUGAGGAGUGGCGCGGGGCAAACGACUUGCAUGGGCACCAUUGUACUUGCAUCUCUUCUGAUCCUUAUGUUCCAAUAAACAAGGCGAUCACUGCCACAGACAGUU